ACCUCUUUCCAUUUCUUCCCCCUCCCACUUCCCACUCACGCACAUCCCCUUUCCCCAGUGCUAAUUUCCAUCCAACAACUUCCUGCCUGAAUUCCAUCAAGUUCCCACCUGCCAUCCGCACUGCGUUGCUGCAAAUUGAGGGUAAGUAAGCACUUAAACAAAAUGUGAUUCGUGCUAACAUGUUUUGCUUAUUUUAGCCACGCAAGAGGGGCCACAAGUAUAACAGAGCAAACACUAGUAGCAAGAAGACUCCUGCAGCCAUUUUUCCGAACUCUAGCAAUGGCAAAUUCUACUAGCGAAAAAUUAGCCAUGGUUAUGACCGCCACUGCCAACCUCGAUAGGGCAUUCGGCGAGAAAUAUAUCCUCAUCGGCGGAGCAUCCUUGAUCUGUCAAGGCUCGCAGCGUGUCACCAUGGACCUCGACGUAUUGGUACCAGCUGAAUGCAUUGAUCGCGUUGCUUUCACCCUCACUCAGUCACAGGACGUUACACGCCGGGCUGGGGUUGUCUACAGCAGAGCAGGCGAGGCUGAGUUCCCGGUUGACAUUCUUCCGCAAAUUAUUGGCGACAAGAGCUUCGAAGAUCUCGAACCAUUCACCAUCACCAUUCUCGGUGGGAUUAAGACCUUGGACCUUCCCAUCUCUUUAGGGAUUAAGAUUCGGUGCUGGUUCAUGCGCAAUGACGAAGUGGAACCUGGCCUGCGCAAGCAAAUUUCCGACCUUGAGGAUAUUGACUUCAUUUGCAACCAGAUGCAGAAAACGAACAGGGUUGUGAAUAACGCUUUAGCUAGUCAUCCCAGUCGGUUGCUAUAAUAUGCAGCUCGUCAAGGAUGCCCUAGAGCACAGGGAAACCCUCGAUCGCUUCCUCUCCGUUGGUGGGAACAAAUUUCAAGUUCCCUGAGAGGAGGAUACAGAUGAACAGCGGGAAUACUACACGCUGCUGAUGGCCCCUAGUGAUGAUGAGGAGGACCAGGUGGAUGUUUGAGAGGAGGUAAGCGACGGAUUUGAAGCCAUUUGUGUUAAUGAGAGUGAAAGGUGAAAAAUCAGUAACACGGAUCUGACCAGCUAGCAAGGACCGCCGAGCCAUUCUUUGCGUUUCCCACGGGCUAUGCCGAAGGCGGAGGAGGUUAUAUAAAUACUACACGGGAAUUGGUCGUGGGAGGUUCACAGGCGGAUGACAGGUUGUCUUUUAUGCACCAAUCGUUUGAGAUUGUAGUCUGUUGCAAUUAACUUCAAUGAAGGUCUGAUAACGUAAGAUUUGGGGCAGAGAGUACGUGUA